CAAAGCAAAUUGGGAGAAUAUUCCUACAGCUUUAUAAAAAGCAUCUCUGCACGGUAAUCAUCUGAAGAUUUCUAUUUGAUGCCACUCAUUAUUAUUUUUUUUCUUUUCAAACAAAACAAAAACCUUCGCUUUCCUUCUUGUUCAUCAAUGCCAUAUCAGUGAGAGAGAACUGAGAACCUAAAACAUCCUUCCAGAACGAAAGAUCCAUCCAUGGCAGACACGCCUCUGAACAGAACCACCAGCAAGAAACACCCGCAGGGGCUUCUCUUGGGCCGCUAUGAGGUUGGGAAGCUCCUCGGUCAUGGCUCCUUCGCCAAGGUUUAUCACGCUAGGAACGUUAAAUCCGGUGACAGCGUCGCGAUCAAGGUUAUAGACAAGGAGAAGAUCCUCAAGUCUGGCCUAAUUGCUCACAUCAAGCGGGAAAUUUCGAUUCUACGCCGCGUUCGGCACCCGAAUAUAGUCCAGCUGUUCGAGGUAAUGGCCACGAAAGCCAAGAUCUACUUUGUGAUGGAGUAUGUCCGUGGCGGCGAGCUAUUCAAUAAGGUCGCGAAAGGGAGAUUGAAGGAGGAAGUUGCUAGGAGGUAUUUCCAGCAAUUGAUCUCAUCCGUCGGAUUUUGUCACGCAAGGGGUGUGUAUCAUCGCGAUUUGAAGCCCGAGAAUUUGUUAUUGGACGAGAACGGUAACCUGAAGGUGUCGGAUUUUGGGUUGAGUGCUGUUGCGGAUCAGAUACGGCAGGACGGGUUGUUUCACACUUUCUGCGGCACGCCGGCUUAUGUAGCGCCGGAGGUUUUGUCACGGAAAGGGUAUAAUGCGGCCAAAGUGGAUAUUUGGUCUUGUGGCGUGGUUUUAUUUGUUUUGAUGGCGGGUUACUUGCCUUUCCAAGAUCAGAAUGUUAUGGCCAUGUACAAGAAGAUCUACAAAGGUGAAUUUCGGUGCCCCAGAUGGUUUUCUCCCGAGCUAACCAAACUUCUAACGCGUCUCCUUGACACAAAUCCGGAAACUAGGUUCACCAUCCCCGAAAUUAUGGAGAAUAGAUGGUUCAAAAAGGGUUUCAAGCAUAUCAAGUUUUAUAUAGAUGAUGAUAAGCUUUGUAAUGUUGAGGAUCUAGUGGGCGAUGAUGUGGGUUCAUCGACAGACAAUGAUCAAUCAAUGUCGGAAUCGGACUCAGAAUUGGAGACCCGAAGGAGGGUUACUACGCUGCCUAGACCAGCCAGUUUGAAUGCAUUUGAUUUAAUAUCAUUUUCGCCUGGAUUCGAUUUGUCUGGGUUGUUUGAGGAAGGAGGAGAGGGGGCUAGGUUUGUGUCAGGUGCCCCUGUUUCGAAGAUCAUAUCAAAAUUGGAGGAGAUUGCGAAGGUUGUGAGUUUCACUGUUAGAAAGAAGGAUUGCAGAGUAAGUUUGGAGGGUUCGAGAGAGGGCGUGAAGGGGCCAUUAACGAUUGCUGCUGAGAUAUUUGAGUUAACACAGUCUUUGGUGGUGGUGGAGGUGAAGAAAAAAGGAGGAGAUAAGGAAGAGUAUGAGGAAUUCUGUAAUAGAGAGUUGAAACCCGGGUUGCAAAAUUUGAUGAAGGAGGAAUUACAAGCUGCUAAUUCUUCACAUUUACCUUCAGAUACUGAAUAAACCAAGAGAGAUGGAAAGGGAGGGAGAGGCAUUGAGACAGAGAGAGUUAGGAGGGUUUGCCUUCUUUUCUCUCUUCUUUUUCUUCAAUGAUGAGUCUUCUGUAUGAUUUUCUUGUUUCCUUUUUCAUUACUGAUUCUGACUGUUCCUUUCUGUUACUUAGUUGGGGCAUUGGUUGCUCGUGUAUGUACAAAUGUAAUGUGUUCUGUUCUCAAGAAUCACGUUUAUAUUCUAGAAAUUAAUGAAAUACUCUUCCUACUUUGCAUUU